AUGAAAUGUUCCAGGAAAUUUCUUCUGCUUUUGGCUUUAGUGUAUGUUGUUAUCCAGUAUGUUGCGAUUAGAUCUUUUCCAUCCAUAACUCUGAAUAUCUGUUCAGUUCUACAUAAUCAAAAUCGCUUCCAACUCCAGCAAAUGGACCCUGCCUGUCUAACAUAUAAAAAAGACUCUUUAAGAAACACAUCUCCUUCCAAAAGUCACAUUCUCAUCUUGGCUGCCACACGUUCUGGCUCAUCAUUUCUGGGGCAGCUCUUCAACCAUCACUCCGAUGUCUUCUAUUUGUAUGAACCUCUGAACCACAUUCAGACUGCGCUGAACUCUACACAUGCCAACCGAAGGAUGAUACUCGGGGCCAGUAGGGAUCUUCUAAGGGGCUUGUUCCACUGUGACCUGCACCUCUUGGAGGAUUACAUCAGGCCACAGCCAGAGAAGCACAUCACAGACCAGCUGAAGCGCCGGGGUGCCAGCAAAGCCCUCUGUUCUCCUCCGGUGUGCCACGUCUUCAGCCCUCAGCUGGUGAAUGUGACUGAGAGCCAGUGUGUCCAGAAGUGUGGCUCCCUCAAUCUCACCCUGGCCUCACAGUCCUGCCAGCAGAGAGGGCACAUGGUCAUCAAGACAGUGCGAGUGCCAGAGGUCAGUGAUGUCAGAGACCUGCUGGAGGACCCUCGACUCAACCUAAAGGUCAUCCAGCUGGUCAGGGACCCGCGGGGAGUACUGGCCUCCAGAAUGAUGACCUUCCCCCAGAACUACCCUCUGAUGAGACUGUGGAAGAUGAAGCACCAGAAACCGGAGGGUCUCAACCUCACACAGGAGCCCGUGUGUGAGGACUACCGCAGAUCUGUGGCCACGGCCCUGAGACAACCUGACUGGCUGAGGGGAAGGUACAUGCUGGUGAGGUAUGAGGAUCUAGCAAAAGAGCCAAGACAAAAGAUAAAGGAGGUUUUCACAUUUUUAGGCCUGAAUUUGGACAAGAGUGUGGUUGACUGGAUUAAAGAAAAUACACAUGGAAGAGGCAGCUGGUCACCAAUGGAUGUCUUGAGUACAAACAGGGACUCAGCCACCAACUCAGACAGCUGGAGGCUGAAACUUUCUUAUGACAUGGUUCAGUAUUUGCAAACCUUGUGUCAAACAACUUUGCAUGAACUGGGCUACACAUUUGUUAAUUCUUCAGAAGAGCUGAGGAAUUUGUCUGUCAUUCUCUUCAAAAAAAGGAAUUUUUGGACAUCUCAGUAA